AUGCUGCUCUUCGAUGCCCUCACGAUGUCCGUACUGAUGGCUCAUCUCAUAUGGCAAUGCCUACAAUCGACGCCAUCGAAGCGGAAGACGAUCAAUUUCACCUCCAGCCUCGUCAACCUGUCUGUUAUCCAACAACUUCUCUCGUCCGUAACGCUCACGUAUGCUCCCGGCCUAUUUGAGGCGCUCAACUCCGCAACGCCACCCACACUCGCAUUCCUCAAGUCCCUUCCUACCAGUGCCUCCAAGGAUUGGGCCGUCUACCUCUUGGUCCUCGAGAAACCCGGCUGCCGUCCACUAUGCUACGUCGGUUCUGCGACCAACGCUGAGCUUGGUGUCGGUGCUCGAUUCUCUGGCUACCGUAAUCGCGUCGGUAUUCCCGUAUAUGUUGAGGCAGCUCUCAAUGCUGGCUAUCACAUCACAUCAUAUGGCGUUCUUGUCACCAUGCCCCGCCCACCGAAGCUACAGAUCUUGGCAUACCGUACUCUGUUCAAGUCAAUAGAGGCUGUAAUGACGUUUGCCUUCGGUACAAUGAUUCCGGGAGGCCACGACUCUGGUCUCAUCUAUCUGUGCCGCUGGGAUAUCGACGACCUCGAAUGGGACCCGCUGAACUCUCACUCUCCUCUUGCUGAAGGUGUCCGUAGUGAUACCAGAGGUGAAGGCUUCGAGGCUAGCAAUCCCCGUGCCACGGAACGCGCUGUCUACCACGCCAACAAAGCCGCCAAGCGAUUCUGGUGUGACAUCUGCAAGUUCGCCGCUGGGUCAAGGAAGGCACUUGAAGAGCAGCACAACGAGACUACACCUCACAAACAGAAGGUUGCUGCCGUCUACGUUGAACCGAAGUCCGCAAAGUGGAACAAGAAGUCGCGUGACAAGGCUAGAGCUACCGGUCGCCAUGUCUGCCAGAUUUGUCCUCUGAAGCCCUUCCGAGACCCGAGCAGUGUGAUAUCCCACAACCAGACCAAGAGGCAUAAGCGUAAUGCCGCCGACUUUGGCAUCACUCUUGACGCAAAGGGUCUCCCCAUUAAGCCGCUCAAUGCCAAGCAAAUGGACACCGUCCGUCAGGCGCGCAUCCUCGCCGGACUCGAAACUAGCGAUAAGGCUGCCCCCAUUGAGCCUCUCAAUCAGGAUGAGGACGGAGAGGACAUGGACACUGUCCAUCCCCCAAAAGAGCCUGUAUUCGACGCCCUCGAAUACACCGUCCAUUACGCCAAACCUAGAGCGACUGCCACCGUGAUCGCCAAUGGCGAUCUUGUCCCAGCUAAGCCUUCCGUAACGUCUGGACCUCGCACCAACUCGAUUAUGUCCUACUUCAAGCCCCAGCCUACCCAAGUCCCUGCCGCCGACAUGAACGUCAUCCAUCGCAACAAGCGCCCUGCCGCAGCGAUGUCGACUCCCGGCCUCGUCGCUGACAGCGAUGGCGAGGACUCGGAUGGGUCAGAUGUCAUUCGCCCAACAAGGCGGAGAGCUGUUCGAAUCAACAUGGUCGAUUCGGAUGAUGACGACGACGACCUGGCUGGCGGCUUCAUGCAUGGUUUAGACGGUGCAUGCGAUGACAGAAUGGGUGUUACCGACUACACGACCACUCCCGCGGCUACUCUUCUCGACGACCCGGAAUCCACCUUAGCGACUACAUUGGCUGCUCUCUCGAUCAUUGAUGCUUCAGAUCCUUGUCAAUGGGACCGCAAGGAUGUCAAGAAGGGCGAGGCCAACUCGAUCAUCUCGUCGUACAACCGCAACUUCACUGGACGUAACGACGCCAACCCCGCCACUCACUCCUUCGUUACCUCUCCAGACCUUGUCGUUGCCAUGACCAUUGCUGGUACUCUUAGCUUCAAUCCACUCACCGAUGAGCUUUUGGGAUCGGAUGGCAAGAAGUUCAAGCUCAAGGCACCCACCGGCAACGGUCUUCCCACCCGAGGCUACGACCCUGGUCAAGACACCUAUCAAGCGCCACCCGAAGACCGCUCAUCCGUCUCCGUCGCUGUCUCGCCUACUUCGGACCGUCUUCAGCUUCUCGAACCUUUUGAGGCCUGGAACGGCCAGGAUGCGAAGAACCUGCCAAUCUUGAUCAAGUGCCAAGGCAAAACUACCACCGACCACAUCUCCAUGGCCGGCCCUUGGUUGAAGUACCGCGGACAUCUUGACAACAUCUCCAACAACAUGUUGAUCGGUGCCAUCAAUGCUGAGAACGGCGAGGCCAACAAGGUCAAGAACCUUCUCGACGGAUCUUACGGUGCCGUUCCCGAUGUCGCCCGCAACUACAAGAAGAACGGUGUUCCGUGGGUCGUUAUCGGCGAUUACAACUACGGAGAGGGUUCUUCCCGUGAGCAUGCUGCGCUUGAGCCCAGGCACUUGGGUGGCGCUGCCAUCAUCACCCGCUCCUUCGCUCGUAUCCACGAGACCAACUUGAAGAAGCAGGGUAUGCUUCCCCUUACCUUCUCCGACCCUGCCGACUACGACAAGAUUGGCCCCAACGACCGUGUGACGUUGGCAUCCACUGAGCUCGCCCCCGGCAAGCCCUUGACCAUGACCGUUCACCCCGCCGAUGGAUCCAAGGACUUCCAGGUCAAGCUCUCGCACACCUUCAACGAGGGCCAGAUCGAGUGGUUCAAGAACGGCAGCGCUCUUAACACCAUGGCCAAGAACGCCAAGCAGUAG